AUGGCUGUAACGACGGCCGAGCACAUGACUCCAGGAAAAGAUAGAUCUGACUUCCACUCCACCCAACUGAAGCCAGUAUGGAAGCCGACAGUGCCGUUCGAUCAAAUCCCCAUGAAUGUUUACCGCGAGCAUGUCAACAAGAAAUUCCAACAGCGCCUGAAGAACUCUCACGAGCUACACAAAUGGACUGUCACGGAGCCGCAAGCCUUCUGGAUCGAUCUCUGGGACUAUGUCGGCUUGAUCCCAAGGUUGCCUCCAGGAACAACGCGAGCGUACGACCCUGAUAUCCCCAUCUCAGACGUUCCGCCAUUCUUUGAAGGCGCUACCAUCAACUACGCCGAGAAUGUCUUGACUCAGCCACGUGUUGCGGGCCAUACUCCUGCCCUCAUAGGGCUCAAGGAAGGCCAGGGCCUCGGCGGCGAAGUCUGGACGUGGUCGGCGCUGCGGGAAAACGUGCGCAAAGUCCAAAGUGCUCUGCUGAGAAGCGGCGUCCAGCGAGGCGACCGUGUGGCGGCCCUGGUCUCGACCUCUGUCUGGUCGGUUGCCUUGUUCCUUGCCACAGCCAGCAUUGGAGCCGUAAUCACUUCGAUCGCGCCUGACCUGGGUCGUGAGGGAUGUGUUUCGCGACUGCAACAAGUGCAGCCGUCCACGUUGUUUGCAGAUAGCCACUGCACAUACAAGGGACGACAAAACUCGAAUGCGACCAAGAUCGCGAACAUCGUGGGAGCACUGAAAACGAGACCGGAGGUAUUCGUGAUACCCACGGGAGGAGUGGCACGGGAUCGGAAGUUCCACACUCUGUCAGACUUCCUUGCCCGAUCGAGAGAGAGCGACAAACUCGAGUUCGCAAGACUACCCUUCACCACGCCGCUCUACAUCCUCUACUCGAGCGGGACUUCAGGCCCUCCGAAAUGCCUGGUCCACAGCCACGCCACUAUCCUGCAGCACAAGAAGGUCGGAAUGCUGCACAACUCGCUCCAACCAGGCGAGGUGGUCUUCCAGUACUCGAGCACGUCGUGGGUGCUCUGGAACAUCAUGAUCGGCCACCUCGCCAUGGGUACCACUCUAAUCCUGUAUGACGGAUCACCCACCUGGCCGCAGCCCCAACGCAUGCUGCAGAUUGUCGAGAAGUUCAAGGUGAAUUACUGGGGUGCCUCGCCCAAGUAUCUGAAGGAACUCGAAUCGACGGGCUGUAAGCCAAGCACGGAGUUUGAUCUUUCCCAUCUCCGAAUGGUUCAGACAGGCGGCUCACACCUCGCGUCGGAUCAGCACCGUUGGUUCUACGACGUCUUUUCCCCAGCCGUGCAUCUCACGAGCGUGACGGGCGGGACGGAUCUGGUCACCUCGUGGUGCGGCACCGACCCCGCCGGACCCGUCUACCCGGGGGAGAUCCAAAUGCCCAUCCUCGGACACGACGUCGACAUCGCAGAUCCGGUGGAUGGUCAUUCCAUCAAAAGUACCGGCCAGGCUGGCGAGUUCGUGUGUCGCAAACCAUUCCCCUCCAUGCCCGUGUUCUUCUGGGGAGAUCCCACGGGCGCGAAGUACCGAGCAUCGUACUUCAGCCGUUACCCGUUUCCGUGUUGGGCGCAGCACGAUUGGGCCGGCGUCAAUCCACUAACAGGAGGCUGGGUCGUGCAUGGAAGAAGCGACGGCGUCCUCAACCCGCAAGGCGUCCGGUUCGGCUCGGCCGAGAUCUAUUCCAUCACGGAAGCAGCGCCCUUCACCAGCAAAAUCGCCACCACAUUCUGCGUGGGCCGGAAAAGGCAGGGCCUUGAUUCAGACGAGUCGGUCUUCCUCUUCGUCGUCAUGCGUCCCGGGCAUGACUUCUCCAAACAUCUACAGAAAGAACUCAAGGAUGCCAUCCGUCGCGGGCUGAGCGCUAGACAUGUGCCGCGGUUCGUGGUCUCGGUUAGGGAAAUCCCCAUGACGUCGAAUGGCAAGAAAGUCGAGACGCUGGUGAAGGAGGUCAUUUCCACGGGGAAAAUGCCGCAGACUAUCAGCUCGACCGUGGUCAAUUCAGGUUGUCUCGAGGAGUUCCGACAGUUCUACCACCUCGAGCCAGAGCUGGGUGCGAAAUUGUGA